AUGGGUCGGGGUGGAGGCCAGGAGAGGGGCACGCCGGUGAGGAGAUGGCUGCCACUGCGGAAGUUGCCUCAUGCCGCCACUGGAUCUGCGGCUGUCGUUGCGGCUAGGAGAGGAAGUGCCGUCACAAGUGGUCUGGGGGCAUCGCCACUGGAUGCAGGGGGCCUUGCCGUCGCCACCAACGGAUGCGUCGGAGCUGUGUCAGGGCUACGCGCAGGGCCGCCGUGUUCCGAGCCUCGUGUUGCGAUGCCGGAGAAGGGAGACCGCGGCGCGGAUGCGAUCAGGGCCGGCGUCGAUGUCGAGCUGCUGCUGCUCGUAGAGCCUCCUCUCCGGUGCCUCCCGUUGGUCCACGCACUGCCGGGUGCGCGCGCUGCCAGCCGCCGCCAGCCGCAGAAAUAUCUUCGGGAUUACCUUGUGUGA